GAGUCUUUCCCUCAAAAACAGGGAACCAAAUAGCCCCUUAAGGACCCAAAAUAUGGGACUAUUGGAGGGGACAGAUGAGAUGUUUCCCUCCUAUUGUAUAAUGAACUGACAUGAUCAGUUCAUUAUGCAAUAGGAGAAAAACAUCUCACAUGUGUCCUCCCAUAGUCUCAUCUCACAUUUCCCCUCUAAUAGUCUCGUAUUCUAGGUACUAGCAUCGCCCAAUUUGAAAACACGUGGGGAAAUUGCCCCCCGCCCCUCAAACACAGACUUCGGUCCGAUCACUCGUGCGCUACUCGUGGGCCCGGGCUUCCAGUUGCUCGACUCAACUGCAAGUCCGCAUCCACCCGGCACCCCCUCUAUAAAUAGCAACCCCCCCUGCUCUCUCUCUCUCUCUCGCUCUGUCUCUCUCUCUCUAAGCAUGGAGAGCCAGCAACCGAACCCUUUCAGGAAUUUUGAUCCCGUAGGCGGCCAAAUCAUCGUCAAUCCCCUCUCCUUCUACGUUCCCGAUCAACCCCAAGCUCGUCCGCUCAAUGUGAUGAAGGGGCCGAAAGAGGAGGGUUUGCAGAGGCCUCAGGUCUCGUCCCUUGUUGAUUUCUUCAAGAUUGGACAGGUUUCUGCUGCGUUGGAUCUAUCCCUUGAUAACGCUAAUCUUAAUCUUGCUUCCUCGUCUGGGGAGUUGGGUUCGGAUUUUAGUCUCUUGCGGACUGUCGAUGGUGAGCUUGAGCGGGAGAUGGAGAGGAUGGACGCCGAAAUGGACAGCUUCAUCCGCUCGCAGGGCGAUCUAUUCAGGGAAUCACUACUAGAAAAUAUCCGCGCAAAGCAAUUCCAAACUCUAGCUUCCUUUGAGCAAAGGUUCCGCGACAAAAUCCAGGAGAGAGACAUACAGAUUCAGGUCAUCACCAAGAGAAAGACGGAGCUUGAGGAACAAUUCAGAGUGCUGAAUUAUGAAAUGUGGAUUCAUCAGCAACAGGCCAAGAUCAAUGCAGGCACAGUUGUUGCCCUACGAUUAAAACUCCAGGAAGCGCAAAGAAACAGAGAAGGGCAUGGAGACAGUGAGGCCGACUCGGUCGUCUCCUCGAAAGAGGACGGGAAAGACUCCAUGGCUUGUAAGGCUUGCGGGGUUAAUGAGAUGUGUAUGCUUUUAUUGCCAUGCCGGCAUCUGUGCCUCUGCAAGACCUGCGAAGGUAAGCUCAGUUACUGUCCCGUGUGUCACUCCUCCAAGUUUCUCGGUGUGGAGGUCUACAUGUAAAGGUCAGGUUAGGAAACCUUGGGGCUGGUAUACAGAUUUUCUCAUUUGUUCUAAAGAUAUUGUCACUGGUAAAUAUUUUGUUUAGUUAGUUUGUUUAAUA